UUCUUAUGAAGUGUCGCUGCAACUGUGGUUUGAAUGAUGUUUGUUUGAAUGUUGUUUGUUUUAAAGUAGCUUCUUUAACGGGUGUUUCUGUCUGUUGGUCGUCGGCUACACCUUCACUUUUUGUUUGUUUCUGGUUGGGCAGCAGAACGAAGCUAGCUUUGGCUGAAAAAAUGGAGUCUGUGAGAAAAGUGGAGAAGGUGGCAAAGAAGAGAUCAGCUGCUGUCUUCGAGGAAGGAGCGGAUGAAUGUGCUGCUGGGAAUGAGGUUCAGUCUAUGUUGGAAAAGUUUGGGGCUGAUAUCAACAAGGCGAUGCAGGUCAAGCAAAAGCACCUGGAGUGUCUGACUAAGAACCACAUGACAGGAAGUCAGCACAAACUGGAGCAUCUGUGGAGCAACUACCAUGGCCAGAGGAAGAAGACAACGCAGCAGUUCUCUCAGCGGGUGUCUACUGCCUUUCAGCAGUGGGAGGCUGAAGCACAUCGCACCGAAGAGCAGGAGGAGAAGCUCAGCAAUUUGUUCCGGCAGCAGCAGAAAGUCCUGCAGCAGGCCAGAGUUGCACAGAACCAGAAGCUGAAAGUAGUCCGAGAGUUGUAUGAUCAGUUUGUGAAGAACAUGGAGGAGAUGGAGAAGAGUCAGAACGAGUUCCUGCAAGCAGCACAGGAAGAACUGAAACGAGAAAUGGCCACGCUGCAGAAGAAACUACUCAUGGAAGCACAACAACAGGAGAUGGCAACAGUCCGCAAGUCCCUGCAGACCAUGUUCUUCUAGACUUCUGGUGACAGACAAGCUGCACAUAAAUGUUGCUCCAGUCUGAGCUGUUCAUAAUGCUGUCCCAUGUUUUUGUCUUUGUCUGGCAUUGCACAGCAGACCUUUUUAUCUUAUCAACUUAUUCAAACAUUGUGUCUGCUGUGCUGAGCAUGCUCAGUUUGGCCAUGUAAGCUGCAGAAAUGCAGAAAUGUUCAGGUGAAAAAGAAAGCUAAAAGAUGUGAGUUUAUUUUCAUGGUCCUCUGUUUUAGUUUGUAUGUUUUCUAUUUGAUUCUUUUUUGUACUUAUAUUAAUAAUAUAUGUUAUUUAUUUUUAUUACUCUGAAACAUUUCUUCUGUAUUUUUAUGGUUUUGGCUUCUUUUCUGUAAUGCUGAAAUGAAUCUUGUUCAAUAAAGUUUCUGUGCUUUUAAAGUAAAAA